AAUCCCACAUGCUUGAAGAAGAGAAACGACCGCAUGAACUACAGAGACCCCCAUACCGGAGGCGGAGGUGGCAGCUAGGGAUGGGCAUGUUUGUCAUUUCGAAUGUGUUUGGAAGCUCGAUACAGAUUUCUACCUUACCUUUACCGGUCUUGUCAACUUUGCAGGCCGCCGGGCUUGUCUUCAACUCAAUAUGCGCCACCUUGAUACUCAACGAGCCCUUCACGAAAUGGUCCUUCUGGGGAACGGCACUUGUUGCUCUAGGGGCUGCGCUGAUAGCCGUUUUCGGUGCCAUACCCUCCCCAGCGCACAGCUUGUCAGAACUGCUGGAAUUACUGGGAAGGUGGCAGUUCAUUGUCUGGAUGUCACUGCAAGCCGUGAUUCUCCUCACCAUUGCCUUGUCCAUUGAAUUCAUAAAUCGAUUCAAGAACAUCUCACAGAAUCCAAAGUUUCGCCUAGCAAGAGGCCUCACCUAUGGUUGCAUCAGUGGAAUCCUCUCCGCGCAUUCCCUGCUCUUUGCCAAAUCAGCUGUCGAAUUAAUCUUGAGAACAAUUGCCGAUAGCGAUAACCAGUUUGUACACUGGCAGUCAUGGAUUCUUGUCCUAGGGCUGGUCGCCCUCGCUUUGAGCCAGCUAUAUUAUCUUCACCGCGGCUUGAAACUAGUUUCCACAUCAGUAUUAUACCCACUUGUAUUUUGCAUUUACAACAUUAUUGCCAUUUUAGACGGCCUGAUAUACUUCCGCCAGACGGAUCUAAUUACACCCUUGCACGGCUGGCUCAUUGCCCUUGGCACUACUAUUUUACUUUCGGGCGUUCUAGCCUUAUCAUGGCGCCUCAGCGAUGAGCAACACCCCCCAGCCGUGGGUCAAUCAUCUUUAACACCAGGAUUCGGACUUGUAGAAGACACAGAAGGCGAGGAUGAUUCAGCAGUCGAUUCUGAUCUUCUUAGUGAAGAAGGGGAGACAAUUCGGCCUACAUAUGAUACAUUCGCUUCCAGCCAUGAGACGAUACCCUUUUUAUCAAACCACAAACCAGGUCAACCCUGGAAUACAGAAAUCUGGGACGAACUAGAGGAUCAACAGCUCUCUAGGCCUAGUAGACCACGGUCAAGUACCUUGCCAACAGGUCACACACUGAGCGAGGGCACCCCGCUGCUCUCUGGGCGGCGAAUACCGCCAGGUGGACCAGCUGCGCCUGCAAGUGGUUCAGGGGAGCGCCAUAGCGGGGAAAGUCCACGUAGAAUGUUCCGCCGCCGACGGAAAUCUACGGGGUUCCCUGGAUUCAUAGCACGUAAGCACGACCGCCGAAGGAGCUCCUCCAACCUCGGUGUGCAAGAUGCGCUGGGCGGGAUCUUAAGGAUGAGGUGGUGGCGGCAGGCUGGUGGAAAUAGCAAUAAUGGCAAUAGUCACCUGGACAUCGCCGUCGCCAGUCCAACGGGGAGUAGUAGCGGGCAGCCUUGGAUAUUAAGAAGCCCGAGGAGAUUGCAACGGCGUGAAGAUGAGCAGCAGCUGCAACAGAGGACUUCUAGAGCAGAUUCUACUAAAUCACCCCGGCCCGAUGAGGGACCAAGAGGUGAUGACGCUGUUUGAAAUAUUAGAUAUGAAACAAAGAUUAAGAUUAAUAGCACAGAACCAGGAGAACUGUUUUUUGGCAUUUUCCAUUUUGGGACGAAACCCUUUGCAUUACUGAUAUUGGCGCCAUGUGAUGCGUGUCUAGAUACUAUACAAAUUAGUGGAAUAUUCGCCUUGCUUUUUGGAGCGAGAUAGAUAGAAAAUUGACUACCUACCUAGUCACCUAGACAGAACAGACAGGCAGGCAGGCAAAGCAAAGAGAAAGAGAAAGAGGUGUAAGUAAAUCCACCAAAUUCUCAAAUAUCCAGCCAUUACUCUUCCAGAGAAAAAUGAAAGGAAUGAAUAAAAAAAAUCCUUCACAAACGUAUUUAU